AUGAAUGGUUUGGAUGUGGUGCUUCAGGCUGUGGCGAUGUAUAAGUCGAAGGAUCCUAAGAGUUCUGAUGAGGAAAAUUGGUGGAGAAUUUGUUUGUGUUGCUUGUUGAUGCCGUUGGAGAAUAAAGAGAGGUUUGUGAAAGCGGAAAGAGUUGAGUUGAUGAUAAUUAUUAUGAAACAGAAGAAAUUGGCUUAUGCUUUUGCUAUAAGGGCUAUUGAUUUUGCAAUGACUAACUACCCUCCUGCUUGUGAACGUUUUGUUGAUGUUUUGGGAUUGAAGACAACUUUUGCAAUGGCUAUUGAUUUUGCAAUGGCUAUUGAUUUUGCAAUGACUAACUACCCUCCUGCUUGUGAACGUUUUGUUGAUGUUUUGGGAUUGAAGACAACUUUUGCAAAAGCCCUAUGUAAGGAAAGUGUUUCUACUUUUGCCACUUUAAUCAAUUUUGUAGAACCUUCAAGAAUUCAUUUGUUGUAUUGUGUGAUGUUAUUGUUAUCUUAUAGAUGGGUUGCACUUGUGCUAAAAGGUUUUAUUUAUUGCACAUUGAUUUCCAUCAGUAAGAAGAACAAGAAAGAAUGGUACCAUGAGGAGUUUUAA